UUGGAUAUUUUUUAUUUUUCUUUCAGCCAAGAAACCUGUAAACGAGGAGCUGAACGGCAGCAGUGCGGUGCUCUGAGGAAAGCGAUCUCAAACUGUGACAUUCUCGAAUCGUUGCAAAUAGGAGCUCAACUGCAACGAGCAAUGAAGCGAUGCGAAGAAGUUUCUGGCUUAGUCGACCAGGUUUGA